GACGAACUUGGGGAGACACCAAAAUUCUUCGGCAUAAACUUUCUUUUUCACUUUUGAAGUCUAAUCUUUAUUUUUCCACUAUUGAGCAACUGUGCCGCUUAUUCAAGGGUUUUCACAUUCUAAUAAAAUGAUGGUCAACGCCGGCGAAGCCUACAUCGUGAUCGACUCCAGCUCGACGUCGAUCAACGAGACGGUGAAUGGGACGCACCACUUUACCAUCUGCGGCUACUCUCUGGCCAAGGGCAUGGGCCCCGGAAAGUACGUUUCUUCCGACACCUUCAGCAUCGGAGGCUACGAUUGGGCGAUUUACUUCUAUCCCGAUGGGAAAAACCCCGAUGAUUCAUCCGCGUACGUGUCGGUUUUCAUGGCGUUAGUGAGCGAGGGCACCGAUGUGAGGGCGGUGUUCGAGGUUGCUCUUUUGGAUCAGAGUGGGAAGGGGAAGCAUAAGGUGCAUAGUCAUUUCGAGAGCGGGCCUUGUACGCUCAAGUACAGAGGAAGCAUGUGGGGUUAUAAGCGGUUUUUCAGAAGGGCUGCCUUAGAAGCUUAUGAUUUCCUCAAGGAUGAUUGUCUUUCCAUGCAUUGCACUGUGGGAGUCGUUCGAACUCGCGUUGAGGGAGCAUCAGAUAUGGGUGAGAGUCUGAAGCAUUUGUUGGAUUGUGAUGUAGUUUUCAAAGUUGGAAAAGAGUCAUUCAAGGCCCAUAAGAAAGUAUUGGCUGCCCGUUGUCCAGUAUUUAGAGCUCAAUUCUUGGGAAAUCCUAAUAGUGACAAGGUGGAAGUGGAAGACGUUGAACCAUCCAUUUUCAAGGCUUUGCUUCAUUUUAUUUACUUUGACCAACUUCCUGAUUUCACUGAAAAUAUCGUUGAUUCAACGCCUGCGAUCAUGAUGCUACGUCUAUUGGCUGCUGCUGACCGCUUUGGCUUAGAUAGGUUGAAAUUAUUAUGUGAAGCAAAAUUAUGGGAAGAGUAUACAGACUGCCCACACCUCAAGCCCAUAUGUUUAAAAUUGGCUGCAACAAACUUGGGAGGUGCGUGUAGUCCGUAGAUCUUAACACUAAAAGUUUUCAGGUUAUGUCAAUUAGUAUAAUUUUUCCAGUAUGUUGGAGGCAUGUUACUUGAUGAAAUUAGGUCUUCUCCAUUUGUGGUGGGAAAUUUUGUUCUUUUGGACACCAAGUGUCUUAGACACCUUCAUAAAAAAUCAGCUUUUGAAUGAUUGUUUAAUUUGACUGAUUUUUUGUUAUUUAGUGAUUUGUCUAAAAUAUC